GUUCUGGAUUAAAUGUCAAACUACCAUGAAGAAACAUCCUUCUCUCUGGACUUCAUGAACCUCUACAUAAAGAUUUAAUGAAUAGUGACUGGAUGCAUUUGAAAGUACAUGAAUAUGGCUCACACAGUGAAAACUCCACUCAGGAGGGCUUUUAGCGAGCAUGUGAAGGAUUCCACUAACAAGGCAUGGGAUAUUUUUUGGAAGAGUACUCGAGAGAAACGGCUCUCAGAGAUUGAAGCAAAGGAGGCCUGUGAUUGGCUUCGUGCAGCUGGCUUCCCUCAGUAUGCACAGUUAUUCACUGAUAGCUGUUUCCCCAUUGACCUAGACUGGGUGAAGAGUGAUCAUGAAUUUUUGGAUAAGGAUACCAUAGAUUCUCUCUGCAGGAGAUUAAGCACUUUAAUCAAGUGUGUGGAGAUGAAGCUCCAGUUGAGCCGGUCAAAGAGACGGGCAGAUGAAGAGGAGGAAGAAGACCUCUAUGCCAUCAGCCCAAAAUGGUCAUUUGACAGGAAGAGUAGACGCUGGAUCCGUGUGGAUGACGGGGAGCUUAUACAACUUAACAGCCCCAUUUCAAGUUUGAGGAGAUCAGAAAGCUGUGAGGCCUCCCUUUCUGACAGUGGGGAGGUCCAUGAGCUUAGUUCCACUCAAAGCUUGAGUAAUGCAGACAGUGAUGGGGGAUGUGCUUCCAACAAAACCACUGAGGAAUUGGAGACAAGUCGUAGUUCCUCCAGAUGCUCAUCUAACUACAAGCCAACCCAAUCUCCUGGCACUUCUUUCAGCAGACCUCCGUCCCCAGGUGAGCAUCACACUUCAAGCAGUAAGGAGUACUUAACUGAGAAGCCUCCAGUGAAAAAGGGUAAAAGUCUUCUGCGUAAGAUGGAGAAGCUCCGAAUAAGAGGAAAUACGAUACUGCCGCACACUCAAAGUGGGAAGGGCAGACUUGUCAUAAGUGGGCCAAUUAUGCAAGAAGGUCUUGGCGAGGAAAGGCUAAUGCAUCUUCAGUGUCUAGACAAAACUGGCAGUCCUGUGUCCUGCACACCACCUUCUGGAUCCAGUAGCAGUCCUUCGGAAAGUAGCAGUGUGGCCAGCACUCCAAGCCCUGUCACCAGGGUACGCAGCAACUGCAAACGCCCUGGGAUGCACAAACAAGAAGAUGGACAGAACCAAAUCAAUGAGCAAGACUUGAACAACCAGCGCAAUCUUGACGUCAACCUUGUCUUCGAAAUUCCACAUGCACACAAGCCUGGAACGUUCCCAAAAUUGCUUACCCACAACAGUGCCUUCUCGCCUAUUGACAACACUUCUGUUAAUUGGAGGACAGGAAGCUUUCAUGGUUAUCAAGGUAGACGAUGUAAAAGCAGCAGCUCCAAAGACCAGGAACAAGCUUGCAGCCCAUUGGCUACUUACGAUCAUCGUGCCAGCAUUUAUGACAAUGUCCCAGAUCAUGCACAUAUUAUGAAUGAUGACGUGUUCUCAGCUUUGGAUAGUGUGAUGGAACGCAUUUGUGGCCUGCAGCAGUUGGUCACAUCUUGGACGGACAAGCUAUCCGAAGACGGGGAUUCAGAUUUCUCGCACUCAGGUUCUCCUUCACCUUCUUCUCUGACUGACAUCCACCUUGAAAUCAAAGAACCGGAGGAAAUAGAUGAAGCUGCCCCGGAGGAGACUUGUAGCCCAGAAGUGUUUGCACACACUGCUCAUCUUAUAAAGCAUACUGAUCGAAUUCAGAGGCCCCACUGGUCCAGUGUAAAAAUACUUUCACUGAGUAACCCCAACACAGGCAUAGAAGCCAAAUCAGCAGCACAUGUCUCCAUGCUGCAAAGACUGAGCCUCCUCAGGCUCACGGCUCUGAUGGACAAGCAUUCACCCUUCAGCAAACAAGGCUGGAACUGGACGGUGCCUAAAGUCUACCGAAAAGUUAAACCUUCAGAACACAAGAGCAGACAGGUGUUUGGGGUGCCUUUGCUCCAGAGUGUCCAGCAAUCUGGGAAACCUUUGCCACCAAGCAUUCUGAGAGCAAUGGAGUUCUUAAGGACUGAAUGUUUAGAUCAGGUUGGGCUCUUCCGAAAGUCUGGGGUCAAAUCCCGCAUUCAAAAUUUAAGGGAUAUGGUGGAGGCCGACCCUGAAAGAAUAUCCUUUGAAAAUCAGUCAGCCUUUGAUGUGGCUGACAUGGUGAAGCAGUAUUUCAGAGACCUGCCUGAACCCAUCUUCUCCAGCAAACUGUGUGAAAGCUUCCUGCACAUCUACCAAUACUUCCCCAAAGAUCAACAGUUUGCAGGGGUUCAAGCAGCCAUCUACCUCCUGCCUGAUGAGAACAGGGAGGCCCUUCAGAGCCUCUUCUUCUUCCUGCAAGAGGUGGUCGCCUGUGUGGAGGAGAACCAGAUGACCCCAACCAACAUCGCUGUGUGCCUGGCUCCCUCACUUUUCCACCUUAAUUCUUUCAAAAGAGACAGGACCAGCAUGAGGUCUAGACAACGGAAAUACAGUUUGGGAAGACCAGACCAGAGGGAUCUGAGUGAGAACCUGGCUGCAACACAGGGACUGGCACAUAUGGUUACCGAAUGCUCUCGCCUUUUCCAGAUACCGAAAUAUUGGGAAACCCAGGGGGCAAGCAGCUUUUCUGAAGAUUCACUGCAAAAUGAUGCAGGUCCAAGUUUUUCUCACUUUCGAGAUGGUGAACUUACAGACUGUGCCAGACUGACCCUGCUCACACAAAAACUUCUGAGGGAGGCCAGGGAGAAGUCUAAAGGCUGGACAUCAUGUUCAAGCUCUGAUCAUGUGGACAUGGCAGUUAAAAAGGUGGAGGAUGGUAACCCAUUGCGUCUUUGGAGAGGAACGACAGAAGUAGAUGCUCCGCAACAGGAAGUCUUCCACCGCGUGUUAAGAGAACACAAUCAGUGGCAAAGAGACCUCUUGCACAGUGAGGUGGUGGAGACUCUGGACAAGGAUGUAGAAGUGUAUCAUUAUAUACUGCAGGCUGCAGGGGCCAGGGCACCACUGCAGCAUGUUCUGCUAAGAACUUGGCAAUCGGAUUCUACAAAAGGGUCUCUGUUCGUGUCCUCCACUUCUGUUGAACAUGCUUCAGUGGUUCUCCAAGGAGUGAGGGCUCAAGUUUUCUGCUACUUCUUUCUAAUCGAGCCACUGGGUUCAAAGAAGUCAAGAGUCACACACCUCUGCCGGACAGACACAAGAGGCCGAUCUCCAGAAUGGCAUCAUAAAGUAGGAGGACACCUGGUUUCAUCUGUUUUGAUGGCCAUGAGGGACUCCUUUAGACCCAAAACAAAAGACUCAAAAUGGCAGUAAGGACUCCAAAGAAUAAUUUGUUAUACCCUGGACAGCUUAAAAAUCCCUGAGGUAUCUGUAAGCUCAAAAAAAGAGCAAAUACAUGAAGUAAGUGAGAGUGAUUGAGCUCCUGAGCUGCAAUAUGAAGUGAAAUCUUCUAAGAUGUUCCAGAAUUUCAGUACCGUGGAGAGUUACGGGACAAUUUUAAUACAAAGACCAUUCGGCCAGCAGACAAGGAACAACAACAGUGUGAUGAGGUGUUCCAGGAGAGCUGGUGCAUUUGACAUUAUUAAGACUGACAAGGGAGAGUGUCAGAGUAAUGAAAUGUCUCAUCCUAUUUUAAAGGACUGUUCCACGGGCUAAUGCGUUGCAGUGGUUGGCUCCGACACUCUCAACUCUCGCUGGUUUCAAGCAUUAAAAGAAAGACUGGUGACAGGAUUUGAAAUCAGCACUCUAAAGACUUGGCCACUGAAUCAUUGUUGUAUACCAAGAUUACAUUAUUGCAUUUCAAACAUACUUCAAUCUUUUCACACAGGGAAAUUAGCCUUCUUGAGGGAAUAUUCUAAUAGCAAAUAUGACAUUGUUUUAAGCAGUCAUCUAUAUAUAUAUAUAUAUAUAUAUAUAUAUAUAUAUACAUAUAUACAGGUGAAACUCGAAAAAUUUGAAUAU